ACAAGGUACGUGGCACGCGUUUCACACUUCCUUUUCUUUCACUUAUUGCGACGUCAGUCAUGUAAGGCGAACUAGGAAAUUUGCGUAGCUUGGUCGUCCUCUCAUUUCGAGACAGAUUCGAUAUACUUUGAUCAGAGUAAAAGUGUGAAAUGCGAUGUCAUUAGGAAAGAAAGCCGAGCUCUGGUGAGCGCCACAGCUGUUUUCUCUUUCUUUCAUAGUUUUUCUAGCACCGGCAAUUUUCGUCCUGUAGGAACCGUUCCAGCGCUAUUUAUGGUUUUUCCCUACAGAGAUCACAUUCCAAUAAAAAAAAAGAAAAAAAAAGACGGACGUUAUUACACUAUUCUGUGUUCCUGGAGCUGGAGCUGAGUUAAUGGUGAAACAUUCUACAAUAAGAAUAAUUUGGACCAAAUUGAAGAGAAUCGCACAGAUGCAAUCAGCGAUGAUAAACGAGAUACUCUAAUUGUGGAAUUGGAGAAAAAGGAUGGAAUGACUCUGGGAUUAAUUAUUUCAGGUGGAAUUGAUAAGAACUCCAGACCGAAGAUCUCAAAUUUAAGGCCUGGCAGUAUAGCUUACAGAUGUGAUGCCUUGGAUGUUGGUGAUUACAUUAUCUCUGUAAAUGGUAUUCGAACAAGUAAACUAAGACACGAAGAAAUUGUUAAUCUACUAAAAAAUGCUGGAAGUAAAGUUACUUUAGAGAUAGAAUAUGAGACACCUGUUCUAUUCAACAAUACUUCUCAUUAUAAUUCUAAAGUAAUCCAAGUAAAGCUGGAGAAAGAGAAAGACAGUUUUGGCUUUACUUUGAGAAGUGGUCCAUAUAAUGACAGAUUGAAAUCUAGACCUUUGAUCAUAACUGACAUCAAAUUUGGGGGCCCAGCGCACAGGACUGGUGUUUUAAAAACUUGCGAUAGAAUUUUGGCUGUAGAUGGAGUAAAUCUUUCUUCUGCAAGUUUAACAGAAGCUUUGCAAUUAUUGAAACAGGUUAAGCAGAGUGCAAUCAUCACUGUAGAAUAUGAUGUCCAGUUGCUUGAUGCCGUAAAAAAUGCGUCCGGUCCGCUAUUGGUAGAAAUCGAUAAAGCUCCUGGCAGUCUUUUGGGACUUACUUUAUCAUGCCUUUCUGUACCUGAACAUGCUAUAGUGAUUGAAAGUAUUCGUCAAGCAAGUAUUGCCGAAAGAUGCGGUGCUCUUCAUGUUGGUGACCAUGUCUUAGCAAUCAAUGGCAUUAAAUUAGAUAUGUUGACCUCAGCUGAAGCGAUGGAAUUAUUGAGAUCCUCUGCUGGAGAUACUGUUAAACUGGAGAUAUUGCCUGUUAGUCAAAUAGCGUUGCGUUCAGGGCCAGAUUCUGCUGCAAAACGAGAUAUCAUGUCUACUCAUUAUUCUGCUGCAAGAACUAGUUUCGGUAACAACUCUUAUAACACAUUAUCAUCUGUUGGCGAAAUAUCUUUGAGUUCUGGUUGUCCAUAUGCUUCUAUUACACCCCCAUUUGUUUUAAAAAGGAAUUAUGAUCUACCUACAAAUGGAUGCAAUUCAGCUUUUGAUUCAAUUGCCCAAUAUUCUUUUGAUGCAUCUUUUAAUCCCAGCUCUUGCCCGAAUUCCGCAACUGUAGCCCGUGCUGAUAGAACAGAAGUGAUUCUACAUGCCGAUCACAAAGGAUUUGGAUUUCAUAUCUAUGGGCCAUCACAUUCGUCGGACAUUUUAACUACUCCUCCAGUUAUUAACUGCAUUGAUCAAGGAAGUCCAGCUGAAAGAUCAGGUGUGCUGCUAGUAGGCGAUAGAGUGUUAGCAAUAAAUGGUGACAGUACUGAAGGAAUGUCAAUAGAGAGAAUCACAAACAUGAUUGCUAAUUCUCAUCCACGAAUUUCCCUUAUAACUGAAUUUGAUGUCGCUGAAGCAGUCGUACCAAGUAGCGGCAUUUUUGUUGUAAAAUUAGCUAAAAAGGGCGCAGAUCUGGGUAUAUCCUUAACAGCGCCAAGAAAUAGGCAGUAUGGGGAACCUCUGAUUAUUGCAGAUGUUCAGAAAGGAAGUAUUGCUCAUCGCACUGGCACAAUUCAGCCAGGAGACAAAUUACUUGCCAUUAAUUCUCUCAGAACUGAAAACUUGACUGUUGAAGAUUCAACCGCUAUUUUACAUACGUGUACUGAUAUAGUAAAAUUGCGGAUUCGUAAAGAUGAAACAUUUUCAGAAGAUCCUGAUACUACUUGCGCCAUAGUGUAUACUGUUGAGCUUGUUAGACAUGGUGGCCCAUUAGGUAUAACUGUGUCUGGUACUAAAGAGCCUUUCGAUCCCAUUUUUAUAUCUGGUCUCACUGAAAAUGGAUUAGCAGAGAGAACUGGCGCUUUGCAUGUAGGUGAUCGUAUUUUGGCCAUCAAUGGGCAUAGUUUAAGGGGAAAAACUUUAAAUGAGGCUAUCUGUAUUUUACAAACAUGUGGGGAUACAGUUACCUUGAAAAUCUCUAAGUGUCCUUGCGCAGAAAAGCCAGAAGAUGCAAAUACUAAAAUGAAGGGUAUACAUUGCAUGCCAGAUAAUCACAUGAAGACUUUUUCAACUCCCUUAUCAAGUGUUGACAGUGCUGUUGAUUCUUGGGAUAGCUGUAAUCCAAGAUUAGUCCCUGACGUUACACAUACUGAAAGUGAUGAAUAUAGUCAAUCAAGUAAUCACAACAUUGUUUCGAUUUCUUAUCCAAACACUUUGGAACAGACAAAAUAUAAGACGACUGAGAGGGAUAACAGGCAGAUUUUUUGCGAACAAAAAAAUCCAAGACGAAAUAGUUAUUCAGGAAAUCUGUCUGUGCCAUCAGAGGACGAGAAAGAGAGUUGGCAUAAAGUUUUAGAAGAUUUGCAGACUUGCGGCGAGUCUCGACUUCUUCGUCAACUUGAAGAAAGUAUUUUAGGGCACGAAAAGAGUCCAGAUGAAGAAAGGACCACUCAAGGAGAAGAUGCGGAAAACAAUUUAAAAUGUUCUACGGAUACUUUGUCUGAAAAUAAUUUGCUUGAGUUGAAUUCUCAAAUUGAACAACUUAAUGUUGGUUUCGAAAAUAAUGGAAGCUUUCCAGACGUGAUAAGUCAAUUUAAACAAAAUGAAUGCAAUUUCAGACAUAGUAUGUGUAAUGAUAAUCCUAGCUUUUAUUGCAAUCCUUCCUCAUCAUUUGCAGCUCCACUACCUAUUGAAAUUCAAAAAGUAACUCUAUUCAAAGAUCCAGUCUAUGAAGAUUUUGGUUUUAGUUUAUCUGAUGGAAAAUAUGAAAGUGGAGUUUAUAUCAACAGUAUUCGUCCUGGUGGGCCAGCUGACAUUAGUGGUUUGAUCAAGCCUCUCGAUAGAAUAUUACAAGUUAAUAAUGUGAAGACAUAUAAUGCUGGUCUUAUUGUUCCUCUUAUUGCAUCAUCUGGGGACAGAAUCGAGUUGAUCAUUAGUCGUCCUGCAUAUGAUGAUGAAUCAUCCUCAGAAGGUACAUUAGAGAGAAGCAGAACCAGUAACUGCAAUGCUUGGGCAGAUGAUGAUGGAGAAAAAGAUGAUAAUACAUCUCUGUUUUGUCCAAUAUCUGAAAACAAAACAUUUACAAAAACUCUAUAAAAAUAAAUUGUGUGACUUGAAAUUGCAUUUGAGAAGUUUUAGAAGGUUUGAAAAAAUGAAUUAUCUAAUUUUAUAUUUCUCAUUAACCAAUACGUAUAUGCACGAGGGAAGAUAAGGUAAAUCAGAAUUUUAGAUUAUCUAAUCAAACAUGUGUUGUGUUUAUAAUUUUUUUUUCAUGCAAGGAAAAUGUAAUAUUUUAGAAUUUUCUUUUUUUUAAUCGCUUGUUGCUGAUUCAGAUUUGUGGAUACUAAUUACUUACACUUUUAUACAGCCAAGAGCCAUAUUCAGUUGUAGAAAGUUCAUACUUUUGAAGUAUGUCCAAUUUAUAUGCAUUCAAAUCUUGAUUUUGUAUAUGAAAUGAAAAAUGUAAUUUUUGAAAGAAAUAGAUUGUGUUUUAUUGAAAG